AUGUUUACUUCCUCUACAGUAACGUGUGCAUUCUAUUUCCGUGAACGUGUCCCUUUAAUGAAGUGUUUGAAGCAUGAUCCCAAACUAUUAGUUGAAUAUGACAGGGUCAUUCAGGACCAAGUCAAUAAUGGUAUUGUAGAAGUUGUUGAGAAUCCCAAGGAAGCUGAUGGGGAUAAGAUUCAUUAUCUACCUCCUUAUGCCGUAAUUAGGCAAGACAAAGAGACUACUAAAGUGAGAGUGGUCUAUGAUGCCUCUGCUAAGGAUAAGGGUCCCUCAUUAAAUGAAUGCUUGCAUGUAGGGCCCAAAUUUGGUCAAGGAAUAUUUGAAUUGUUACUUAGAUUUAGAAUGCAUGCACAUGCAUUUACAGCAGAUGUUGAGAAAGCGUUUUUGAUCAUUGCAAUUGAGAAAUCAGAUAGGGAUGCAUUGAGAUUCCUUUGGGUGAGAGAUAUAUCGAAAACUAACUAUGAAGUUGUAGUGUUAAGAUUUGCAAGAGUUACAUUUGGUGUAGCUCCAAGCCCAUUUUUGCUGAAUGCUACCCUUAGGUAUCAUAUAGAGUGCUACAGAGAGACUCAUCCUGUUAUAGUAGAGAAGUUAGUUAGAUCCAUGUAUAUUGAUGAUGUGGUGAGUGGAGCAAGGACUGUUGAAGAAGUACUCAAACUUUUUGAAGAUUUUAAGCUUAUUUUGAAGGAAGACGGAUUUAAUUUGCGUAAAUUUGUAUCCAGCCAAAUUGAUGCUGAUAACACUCCUAAUUCAUCGGGGGAGUUGAGCAAAGUAUUGGGAAUUAAUUGGAAUUUGAGCACAGAUGAGAUAGUGAUGGAUUUGAAGCCAAUUGUAGAUGGAGCGAAUAUUUUUAAUCCUACCAAGCGUCACAUUGUUAGUAUUGUUAGUAAAGUACAGUACCGCCACUAG